AAAGUUUUAGUUUGACAAUCCACUGAGAGGGCACAGUACAUCCCUCAAAGAGCAAGUUUAAAUAACAGACUGAAUUAUUUCGACACACUGUGAAUAUUAAAGAAACAUGGACGCCGAGGCCAAGAGAAUUAUGGCAGUGUCCAUUAGUAAACUGUAUUCGUCACGGACCCAGCGCGGGGGAUUGAGACUUCAUCGGAGUCUCCUGCUCUCCAUGACCAUGAGGGCCGCCCGGGACAUUUACCACGCCGCCGUUCAGCUCCGGCAAUCGGAGGACGAGCAGGUUGUUCCGUGCGCCCCGGAGGAACCGAUGGACACUAAAGACCAAGCCACGGUCAGCGACUGUCCACUGUCAGUAACCCCUAAGGAGGUGAACCCUCAUGAACCUAAAGACAAUUCGGAGGAGGACAAGGAGAAUCGAGACACAUCUGAACGGCACUCCAGGAAGCGCCGCGGUAAGACGGCGCUCGAGCCUGACUUUCUUCCUCUGAAGAAGGCGCGAAUGGAUACGGACGAGGACAGGCAGUAUGUUCAGAGUGAGGUUUUAAAACCAAACAAUGGACUGACAGCCUUCCUGUUGAAUCGAGCCAUUACCGCGUAUUGAACAAUACGCUCUUUGGAUUAUUCACCGCGUCCCUUGGUGGGAUUUUUCAGGACUAACUGGUUCUGAACUGACCGGUUAUGGGAGCCCGUGCGAAGCGGCACCUGUGCGUCACAGCUCGCCAUAUGACACAGGAGAGCUGCUGAAGAAGAAUCACAGGGCAGAGGAACCAGGAGCUGCUUCAUUGUUCCGUGAGAUGAGUCAAAUGAGUCUCGGAUAGCAGCUGUUGACUCACAUUUGUGGGUUUGGAGAGACUUAUGCAUCAGCUUAUGAACUUGAAUAAGAACACCUGUAUGAACUGCUGUAAACUGAAACACAUCUUAUUUAUGGCGCAUUGUGAUGAUGUUAAAACACUAUCAGUUUGUCUUAAAUGCUGAAAUGUGUUCAGAUUUACCAUUGCACUAAUCAAUUGCACUUUUUUGUUGAUUCAUAUACAUAAUAGACCUGAAGGUGUUUGUGUUUGUUUGCAAUAAAACACCAUGUUUAAAACUCA